AUGUCGAAACUAUGUUGUCUUCCAACCGACAAUUGGGGAGAAUUGAUCCUGCAAGGGCACCUCACCCAUAACCCAUUCCCCUUCCUCUGUUUUAAAUGUAAAUUAACCGCUUCUGGAGGGGCUUAUACAAUUGCAUUGGGAGGCUGGAGUGUAAGGUUUAGACUUGCUCCGUAUGUACUGCUUCUUGUGAUUGCAAAAUUCUUUCGUGCUUUUGGGUUGUUUCUGUCCUACGAUACAUUGAAGUUAGUGCCUAUCGUACCAUUCCUUUUCAUCGUCAAAGCAGGGUCUUCAAUUAUUUUAGUGUUACUACAAAGGCCUAUAUCUGCUGGUAAAAAGGUUACCAGAAAUCAAUGGAUGCGAGUUAUUCGCCACGGCAUCGUUGGUAGUGCAAUUAACUUGCUAUGGUUGUUUGGCCUUACAUUGUGUGGUCCCGCUAGAACUAUCUUAAUAUUUGAACACAGUGAUAUUGUAAUCAUAGCUGCAUUAGGAGCACUGUUUACUGGUGGUUCCGGCAAAGCAAAGAUGCGUGGUGCCACACUUUUUAUAUUUGCUAUUAUUUGUUUGCUGUUAUUUGAUGUUGAUACCCACCUGAAAAAAGUAGAUCAUCGUAUCCUUUCAUCUGAAGGCCACCAUAGGAGUCCUAUGGAACACUUAUUUUACUCAUCGUUUACAUGGUUUGGAGUCUCUGACCAUAAGGGUGGAGUUUUAUUACUUCUUUUAACACUACUAGUGAAUGUUGCUUAUAAAAGUGCAGCAAGAAAGUUAUCUGUGGAUAUUGGUGGUGCCAAAAGAUUAAAUGCUUUAUCAACAUCGAUAUCAGCAGUUGUACUCUCCCCAUGGGCUUUAUUUAUUUUAGCAACGCAAGGAACUGUCUCAGUUGCUGGACUUGCUGUCAACCUAAUUGGAAUCUUUGCAUUUCGACAUGCCCAUACACAUGCACAUGGGAAGGGUGGCUGUAGCCAUGGUAACAGUCAAAGUCAUGGACACUCUCAUAAUCACAAUCACCAUGGACAUAGCCAUAGUAAACAGCAUGGACAUGGACAUGAACAUGAACCUGAGCCACCUAGACAAAACAGAAAUAUGGAAGGAGUAUUUUUACAUGUGUUAGCAGACACGCUUGGUAGCGUAGGGGUGAUAGUAUCAUCUUUACUUAUUGACCAGUAUGGACUACUUGUAGCAGAUCCAGUGUGCUCUAUAUUUAUUGCUAGUCUCAUAUUUAUCAGUGUCUUGCCGUUACUCAAGGAGUCAUCUCUCGUGCUGCUUCAGAGAACACCACACCAUUUAGAAAAUAAGUUGGCAGAAGGUCUUGAUAAGUUUGUACCAUUUUUAUCCAUAGUUUUGUUUGUCUUCAUAUUUGAUUAUUAUGUGGAAUCGGUUAGUGUUACAAGACUGGAUUCGCAGAAAACGAGUCGAUUUUCAUCUGUUGCUAUCAUCUGCAGUGCUGUCUUCUUGAUCUUCAUGUGGAGCCACCCUAUUACCUCAGAUAUGGCACACAUGAGUCAAGAAGUCCAGCAUCGUUCAUCUCAUGAACACAUUGUGACUGGAGGCUUGAUAUUUAGUUCAGUUCUUUUUAUAAUAGCGUGUCGUAUACUGUCAGCACCACUGCCGAAAAGUACCUCUAAAGGCAGUUUUAUUGGUUAUGAUGCCGGUGGUCAUCCAUUAUAUAGCUUUGCUGGGGAUGCCUUACAUAAAACUUCUCAAUCUAUCAUCACUGUUAGUAAAAACAUUUUGAGACAGGUUUUAGCAGAGUAUGAUUCAAGACAGAUAUUUUAUUUCCUUUGCAUCAAUUUGAUGUUCACCUUUGUGGAGUUAACAUAUGGAGUAUGGACUAAUAGUUUAGGGUUGAUAUCUGAUGGUUUUCACAUGUUAUUUGAUUGUACUGCCUUAAAUAUAUGA